GUUUAGAGGAUUUAUUUUCAUUGCUUUCUUCGCAUCUCUAGUUGGUUUCUCUUCUAUUUAUAAAGUCAGCUCAUUUGUUAGGUGAAGAAUUUGGCGCGCAUGAUUUUGAAAUUUUGAGGUUCAAAUGUCGAAUGGAAAGAGUCGUAGGAGACUGUCAUUAGACUCUGUUAGGAAUCUCACUUCAAGCUAUGAGAAGAGAAAAAACCCAAGUGGUUAUGAAAGCGACUCUUCAUCCCAGACCCCUAAACGAUGUAAGCAAGCAGGAUAUAUUCAUUCUUCCAUUUUUAACAUUUCAUAUAAAGCAAGUAUUUUUCAGAAGCUAGUAACUGCACACAAAUCUUCUAGAAGAGUUAGCGUUGUAGGAAACGAGGUGACAACUGAUAUCAAAGAAUCAAACCCCUUAGUAGCAAACAAAGUAACUAGUAGAAGUACUCACCGUUACACAGAAAAACCAACAAAUGGAAUGUCUCGUGAAGAGAAGACUUCCAUACUUGAUUGUAUUGAAUUUCUUAACGAAGAGCCUCAUGCUCUGGAAGUUGAAGGUAUCUUUCGAAGUAGCGGUUCCUUUUCACAGAUGCAAAAGCUUCGAUCACUCCUAAAUCAAGGUUACAAAGUACCAAGAAGCUACUCACAGAAUUCUGAAGAUGCACCAGAUCCCCUCACGAUGGCUGAUCUUUUGAAAGAUUUGUUAAGAAAUUUGAGGUCGCCUCUUCUCCCAAAAGAAACUGGACAAUUACUGCUCUCAACAAAAAAGUCGAAUGCGGAUCUUAGUCUCCUGCAUGUUGUCGAUGAAUUGAAAGGGGACAAUAAGGAAGUCUUUGAGAAACUCAUGCAGUUACUUGCCAAGACGUCUUCAUUGUCAUUAUUUAAUCAUAUGAACGGCAAAAAUAUCGCCACAAUUUUUACUCCUACUCUUAUUCACUGGGAUCCAUUACAACCUUCUGCCAGAGCAGAACUACAGGCCGUUACAGAAGCAGUCACAUUGAUCAUUGAUGACUACGUUAGCAGUUUCUUCGUGAAAGAACAGAAAGAGAUAAAGACAAGGAAACAUCAUUCCAUGCCACUUCAUCUUCAACCUAAUCCAUUUUACAACCCUCCCAAAUUUUUGUUUCUGUCGAAACGAUGUCACAAUGACAUUGAUAAGGAAAAUUGUUUUGACGCAGCAAGUGACAUCCGUUCUGUGCCUAAGAUAAAGGAUUCUCGGAGGCCGAAGGAGAUACCUCAAUGGAAGCCUUUGAGUGAUGAAGAGAGAACAAGUUUCGAUGCUUCCUUUCAUGCCGUUGAUAUUGGUGACAAAGGCAAAAUUUCCGCUUCUGAGGGUAUUGAAUUCUUUAGCAAGUUCAAUCUUUCUCUGGAACAAGUGGCUCUUAUUUGGAAUCUAGUUGACAGAGAUGAAUCUGGCGCUCUGGGAAUAAGAGAAUGGAGAGUUGCUAUGGCAUUAUGUAUAGGUGUGAACAAAAACUGCCAGAUUCCUACGCAACUGCCAGCUGUUUUAGAACAAGAACUUGUCGAAUCUCCUCGUAAUUCUCUUAACUUUGAAUCAAGUGAAAACGCAGGAAAUAUUGACGCAAAUUGUUUAUCAGAAGGAUUAUCCGGCAGUUAUCGUAAAACCUUCGGGGCUGUACAGGAAGUGAAACAAGGUAUAGAAACGAGUCAAAUAUGUCUGAAAGAGAGUAGCUUGGUAAAUGCCAAUAUGCACAGUAUGGAAGAAAGGCAUGGCACACAUAGUAUGCACAGCAAGAUAGGAUUUGUUCAAGAACAAUUGGCUUGUGAUGAAGUGCUUGAAAGUAUUAGAUGGCUAUGGACAGACAAGUCAUCUGUAAGCAAAACUCAUAGCGAUAGAACGUUUCAGAAAAUGCCUCAUUUAGAUCCAUUGACUAGAAGAAAGUUGUUAGGACGAGGAUUUCAUGAAUAAUUGGAUACAUUGUGCAUAUUUUUUGUGUUUCUGAUUGUAUCCAAGUCAUUAACCUGUAUUGCAAUCUUUCAAGAUAUAUAAAGGUUUGAUCAAACGU